GAGAGGGUGGUCUGGACUUCUCUGCUUAGGCUGCUGACCUCACGAUCUGGCCCCAGAGAAGCAGGAGAAGAUGGAUGGUUGAGUAAUGCCAAGUACUGUUUGCAAGCCAGAAGCAUUAAAAACUUUCCACUUCAUUAUCAUUAACUGUAAAUGCAGACAUUAAUAGAAAUGCAGACCAGAAUGCAAAGAAAAAUGGUAAUAGCAAAUAGUAAUCCAUAACAAUAAAGUUUUUAUUACAGUUUUUAUUUAUUUUAAGUUUGUUCAGUGUCCAGUACCCCCAGAGCAAAUGACCAGAAUACUUUUGGUCCUUUAUAUAGAUCUGGCACAGGACUCCACACAGUGACCCACACUUGUUGGUCAGCCAAGACUAGAAGCAUAAUGUUUAGAGAUGCACUAAAUACGAUUUUUCUUGGUCGGUUCAGAUUUGUUUUUGAAGUCUGACCUGCUGAUCCCUAUUUUCUAAGAACUAUAAAUGACAACACGUGGAAAUGAAUAUCUACUCGUCUUCAAUGGAAAAAUAAAGCUAAUUUGAGCUGCUCUCUUGCCACAAGGAGUUGCCACAGCAGUGAGGAUGUCUUUGAAUGACGAGGGGUACGUGGUUCGGAUCAGAGGACUUCCCUGGUCCUGCACACAAGAUGAGGUGGCCAGUUUCUUUUCUGACUGUGACAUCGUGGGAAAAGUAAAUGGAGUGUGUUUCACAUACUCAAAAGAAGGCCGUCCAAGUGGAGAGGCAUUUAUUGAGCUGAAAACAGCAGAAGAUUUCAAGAAUGCUCUUGCGAAGGACCGUAAAUACAUGGGGCACCGAUAUAUAGAAGUGUUCAAGUCGAACCGUAGUGAGAUGGACUGGGUGCUGAAGCGUAGCGGUCCUGCUGACUAUGACAGCUGCAGUGGCUGCAUGCUGAGACUUAGAGGCCUGCCCUUUGGCUGCAGUAAGGAGGAGAUUGUUCAGUUUUUCUCAGGGUUGAGAAUCGUGCCAAAUGGGAUAACUCUGCCAGUGGACUACCAGGGGAGGAGCACAGGGGAAGCCUUCGUGCAGUUUGCCUCAAAGGAGAUAGCAGAAAAGGCUCUGGGGAAACACAAGGAAAGAAUAGGGCACAGGUACAUAGAGAUUUUUAAGAGCAGUCGUAAUGAGAUCAGAGCCUACUAUGAGGUGCCCCGGCGGGGAAUGGGAGCCCAGAGACCAGGGCCCUAUGAUAGACCAAUGAUGAGCGGUCCCAGAGGAGGGUUUUUUGGUCCUUCUCCUGGCCGCGGUGCCACCAUGAUGGAUAAUAUGAGGAGUGGAGGUGGUUACGGAGGAGGUUACAGUAGCUUUGACAACUACAACGGGUUUAACAACUACUGUUUUGGCAACGGCAUGUUUGACGAGCGAGUGAGAGGAGAGAGGGGAGGAAGAGGAGUGGGAAGCCAUGGUUACAGUGGUCAGAGUGACGUCGGCUCAGGCUUUCAUAGCGGUCAUUUCGUCCAUAUGAGGGGUCUACCUUUCCGUGCCACAGAGGGAGACAUCGCUAAAUUUUUCUCUCCUUUGAACCCGUUAAGGAUCCACAUCGAUAUGGCUCCCAACGGCAAGUCAACUGGAGAGGCAGACGUGGAGUUUCGCUCCCAUGAAGAUGCCGUGGCCGCCAUGUCCAAAGACAAAAACCACAUGCAACAUCGCUACAUCGAGCUGUUUCUUAACUCGACAGCUAGCGGUGCCGCUGAAAUGAGCCGUGGCAGCGGUGGUUACUAUGGUAACUCAGGAGGAGGAAGCUCCCGGAGCAGUGGGCUGCGAGGUGCAUACUGAUGAUGUCAUCCCACAGCUCCAGUCCAUCCUGGCGUUCCUGUCACGUCUCUGAAGGCCACAUUUAAUCAAUGAGCAUUUCUAAGCAGGAAAGCUGACGCAAAGUUCCACAUUUGUUUCUUUUCUUUUUUUUUUAAAGUCAGAAUGAAAAAAGUAAGACACAGACAUGACCACAACGAGCACUAUUUUCACACUAUUCCUAAAAGCAUACGAAGAACAACACAGCUUAUCGGAGAUAAAAAUCCCGGCGCUGUCACAGGUGCUGAACGUGGUCGACUGGUCAUGUCAAAGGGUUCAUGUUUCUUAAAAUUGAAGAUGUAGUACAGUUUAUCUGAAUACAGACAAAUACAGAAAAGAUACAAAUUGCACAAAGACAUGUCGUCUUUUGUAAUUAUAUUUUUUUGGAAUGGUAUUAAGAGCGUUACAUCUGAAUGCAUUCGUUUUCGACGACUUUAGUGGGAUGCACUUUUUUUUUUUAAUUCUUCAGUGCAGCAGGAGGAGCUUCAUCCCACAGAGCAACAGCUGUGGUGUUGAUAUGUAAGGGGUGGGUGGAUUGCUUUGGUUUGGGUAUCUCGUUGCAAGUCUUCAUAGGUUGAAGUCUUAAUCAUCUUGAUUGAAGUGUGUUCAGAUAAUAACAUCCAUUUGACCUGGACUUCAAAUCAGCUUUUCUGGUUGAGAAUGUUUUGUAAAUGUGAGCCUGUGUGUUUUUUAUGAAUGUUUUCACAGUUCAUUACAGAAUUUAAAAAAAUAAGUUGAAAUAUUAUAUUCCACUCUCAAAGAGUGGAAUUAAAAUAGUCUAUAUUUGAGCUGUAAGAUAGCUUGUGCAGCUGUUGUACAUUUUGCCUAAUAAAUUUUAUAUUUAAUUGUC